GGCCAUCUUGAAAAAAGAGAUCCGUCCAGAGUUAACGGCUGAUCUUGACACUGAGUUGUCGCUGAGUUUCACUGUGAUUCACGUCAAUCUACCGUCAGACGGGUGACAGAGUCUGAGAGGAUGGAGGCGUACACGCUGAGAUACGUGCUUGAACUGAACGACCGGGUCGCUAGGGGGCUGGUGUGGCAGCAUUACCAGGGUAGAAAGACCGCCCGGAUGUCCAUCUUCCCCAGCAAGCCGGCGGGUAACGUCAAGUUCAACCCGCUUCAACCCAUGGCCAACACCGCCCAGACGCCUGGGUUCGCUGGAGGCGAAAGGUCGUCUGUGAGGAGAGAGCUCCUGCCGGGUCUGUCCGCUUCUCCGGCGCUACACAGCGACUCGGACGACUCCGGAGCCGAUCUGACGACAUCCGAGUCCAGCGGUUCGGCCAGGUGCAGAGGCACGGCCAGAAUGACCAUCCGUGCGGUCCAACCUGCUAGCAGAAACCACGUGGUCAUUCCGGACACUUCGUCCAACGAACGUCCAACCGUGUCCUUCGGCCGGAGAAGAGCCGUGGUGAAGCGGUCUACCCGAGGGGAACAGCGGUGUGAGACGGCAGGAGGGUCUGAGACCGUGGACUUGAUCUACAUGGACGGCUGUCUGCACAGACCGAAGCGUCGGAGGGAGGAGGACGACAGCGAGGUCUCGCCGUGCGCCAAGCGACACCUUGCGGAUGUAGACUAUGAUGCAUCAAAUGUGGACUACGAUGCAGACGACGAGUCCUGCUGAGAAAAGGGAAUAGAAAGACAAAGGACUCGAGCACAGCAAGUAGAUCUGAAUGUCCAAAUUCAAUUGUUUAAUGACACUGGACAUUUAUUUGGCCUCAUCAACUUCAGAAGUUCCCGAUUUUUAUAGGUUGUUUGAGGUGACUGUUCAGAACAUUUGAAAUAGUUUUUUUACUUAAGUCUCAACGGGACAAUGUCAGUAUACAUGUCUGGUGUAAUCAAUAUUUUAACAUCCGUCCCACAAAUGAGCAGAAUUUUCUUAUGAUCGGAGCUUUUGAAUUACUGAUGACAAAACAGUUACGUAUCUGUGCAUGAUGAUCUGUGCAAGCUUUCGCCAGGACAUGUUUUCUCUCCAUUUUAAACAACAUUAGAACUUAAUGAAUCCCAGAAACAAUGGGGCUGUCAGAGUUACAAGGAACAAAAAACACAAUAAAAAUUAUUUAUGAAUCGAUUUUGAAACACUUCUGUUCGCUUGGUGUAUGUAGCAGCAAAAUAUGCGACGAC